CCCGCCCAGGUGGGUCGCCGCGCCGCGCCGCACCGCCCGCCGCCCCUUGCCGCCAUGCCGCCGCCGUGGCCCCGCGGGGCCCUGCCCGGGGCCGCUCUCCUCCUCCUCCUCUUCCUCCUCCUCCUCCUCCCGCUGCUCUGCGCGGCCCCCGAUGUUUCAAGGGGAAAUAAGCUUAAACUGUUGCUUCAGAAACGAGAAGUUGGGGGGGAAUUAAUUUCAGCCCCUGUUGCCACGAAGCCCGAGGUGUCAGUGAAAGAAGCGGCGGCCAAGGAGUUCCUAAGCAGCCUGAGACGCCAGAGGCGUCAGCUGUGGGACAGAAGCCAGCCCGACGUCCAGCAGUGGUACCAGCAGUUCCUGUACCUGGGAUUCGAUGAGGCGAAAUUUGAAGAUGACAUCUCCUACUGGACAAGCUUAGGGCGUGCUCGUAAUGAAUACUAUGGUGGAUACUACCAACACCACUAUGAUGAAGAUUCACCAAUUGGCCCACGAAAUCCACACACCUUCAGGCACGGAGCCGGUGUCAACUAUGAUGAUUACUAAUGCCAUUUAUCCUACUAUAGCUGGUGCCUAUAGGGCUGCGUUAGGCGAGGCCAAGUCCUGCCUCAGUCAGAAUGACCCUGCUUUCCUUCUAUUCGUGUAGAACAGCAAGAGUAAAGGAACUGCCAGACUUUGAAGAAAGCAAUAUGACUUUUUUUUAAUUAUCGUUACUUAGUAGUACACUAUAUAUAAAGUGUUAUAGAAAUAAAGCUUUUUUUGAUAAAAUAAACAGGUUGCCAUUAUUUAGUAGAGUUUGUAACAGCAAGUUUCAUUCCAACUGUAUUACUACAGAUUCCUUUUUAAAGGGCUUUUUCAUUUGCUUUCCUACAAUCAAUUGCAAAAUUGCAUUAUAUCAUCUAGUUUGGCAUAUCGAAUACGAAAUAUAAGCCAAUACAUUUCA